AUGACUAUAUUUGAUCCAAGUAGGUAUAACCAGACAGCUCUUAGGCCAGAAACAGCCAGUAGGGCUGCUACCUCAAAGAUCCUUUCGAAAUCUCCUUUCUGUUGUUCAUCUCAUAAUCUUCAUAUAACAGAAGCAGCUUUAAGCCCAAAGAUAACUGAAAAACUUGCAAACACAGUUUCUCUUGAGAACAGCUCUAGCAUAGCCCUUCAUGAAAUGGCUGUAAGUGGUGCUAAUGAUACUAACAAAAACCAUCAAUCACCAAACACAGAAAAAAGUGAAGAACAUUUGUCUGUAAUGAUUGAACCUCCUGAAACAGAAAAAGAUACCGAGACAACAGAAACUGCAGCAAAAACUGAUGGAGAAGAACGGUGUGUAAACAGACAUGUAGAUGUACAAGAUGUGUCUAGUAAUGCACCAGCUUCAUCUCGGGAAGCGCCUCACAGACGAUUUUACCGUAGCUUAUCCGCUAGACUUCCAAAGAGUGUUUCAAAAAGGAAUGAAGAACCAGAAUCUAGUGAUGAAGCUUGUUGUACAAGAUUGGCUUAUGUUUUCCAAAGAAAAGCUUUAGAUCUGGCAUCUCGUCGUUCUGAAAAAAAGAAUCCUCCUAUUAAACCCCCUAAGCCUACACCUGAAGCUAUUGCAAAAGCAUCCGCUUCAAGGGAAGCACAUGAAAAUGAAGUACGAUUUCGAGAAAAACGAACUCGAGGACCUCGACCAAGAAGUUUCGGCGAUGAUAUUCCUGUCUGCAAAGGGGUUAUUCGAUUCAUUGAUGACAGUGGAAGUGAAGUAUCAAGUGAUUAUCCUAAUGUUGACCUAUAUCAGUUUAUCACAGUCAGGAAGCAUGAUAGUAGUGAAGCAGACUAUUCAGACAAUGGUCUGUAUGAAAUUCCUGAUGUGCCAAACUCUCAGAAAGAAGUUCCUGCUUCAGGAAAAACAAUUUUACAGCAAGAGAGAGAAAAUGAAGCCCAGAUGUCAGAAUCUUCAGCACUUCAACAUUCAAGUAUUUUCCCCAAACUUUCUUUUGGAACAAAUUUUAAAGACAAAUUUUUUAAACCAAUGCUUGGAAAAACAUCUUCACGUUCACCCUCAAAAUCAUCUCAGGGAAAUAGUGAUGCUUUAAAAAUACUUUGUGAAACUAAACAUGAUCAAGGGGAAAACACAAGUAGAUUAAAGGAAGAAACUGUGAACACAGAGCCAUUUUUGGAAGAAGAUAUGAACUUUUCAGGAUCAGUUAGUGAAACAAAAAAAAGAAUAAAAACUUCUAAUACAAGUUCAAAAGUAUUUCCAGAACCAGUUGAAAAUACAACAAAAACUUCUCCUGAAAUCAAGACUCUAAAACAACUUGCUCAAGAAAAAUCUGAGGUAACAGAAACACAAUUUUCAUCAGCAGCUACAAAAGAGAAUCUUCCUGAAGCUGCUGCUAAUGAUUUUGGGAUUCCUGUUAGACCUGUUCCUCCAGCAAGAAGUAAAUCUCAAAGAGAAAAACAUGUAGCUAAAUCUCCUGUUCACAAAAAGUCUUUUAUAGAACAAAAUGGUAGUGAAGUUUUUUCUGAAGAGAAGGCCAUUGCUAGCACUGAUAUAACUUACACACAAAAUGUUCAGGAACAGUCAAAUAAGCCCCAGGAAGAAGUAACAACUGAAAAAUAUUCUUUAUCUGAAGAAGAAAAAAGACUAGCAAAAACUGUACAAGAUGUUAACUUUGUUGAUAGGUUAAGAGAAGAUGAAGAAGAAGGAUGUGCUGAAAACGUCAAAGAAAUGGCAGUCUGUGAUAAGCUAACAGAAGAAAGAAAAUCAGCUGAAAGUUGCAGAGAGUUUUCAGAUGUUGAUCUUACAGAAGAAGGAAUAUCUACUGACAAUAUGAAAGAAUCCAUCUGCUUUGAUAAGAUAGCACAACCUAUUUGUCUUGAUAAGCAAAUGGAAGAAAAAAGGUCAAGUGAAGAGAGCAAAUCAGCUCAACAGGGUGAAUUAGUGCAAGAAACAUAUUAUGCUGUUCCAAAACCAGCUGUUCCUCCACGUCCAAAAAGACUUGGAGUUUCUUCACAAAGAUCACUUCAAGCUUUCAGUAAUGAAAUCAAAACCAAAACUCAUCCACCAAGAUCAGUGAGCCCAAAUAAGAAAGCCAGUAGCAUAAACAAGCAAGGGAGAUCUGUUUCCUUAGCACAUAAAACUCCAAGACCAAAUAGCCCUUUAAGUAAGACACAAAGACCAGUUAGCCCUUCCAGUAAUACAAAACGAUCAACAACACCUAUAAACAAAGUAAGACCAACUAGCCCAUCACAAAAACUUGGAAAACCAGUUAGCAUUACACCUAAAGCCAAAAAUCCAUCUAGUCCAGUGAGUAAGCAACAGAAUGAAAGGCCAAACACUCCAACAGCAAAAGGUCCUAAACCUACACGACCUCCUCGACCUUUUAGUCCACAAGCUGUCCCUGAUACAUUUACCACUCCACAGACUGAUGCCACAACUCCUUCUGAUAAGUUGGAGGCAACAGAUCAUCUACCUGAAGCCACAAAUUUUACUGAAGAUGUAAAGGUUGAUAACAAUGGGUUAAUACAGAAAUCUGGGGAAACUUCUUUGAUGGUGUAA